AUGUACGGAAGAUCAAGAGGUUAUGGUAGAUACAGGAGUGGGAACAGGUAUGGCUCAUCUUUGUCGUAUGGGAGAAGCCAGUCAAGUAGUGGUGGAUACAGCAAACAGACCUACCCAAAACCACAGCAGCAGCAGCAGCAGCAACAACAGCAAGGGAUUCCAAAAUACAAACAAAAAUAUUCUCAAACUCCACGUUCAAACCAAUAUGGACAAUCAGUUAGACAAAAGAGUCAGAAUUAUAAGCCAACCACUUCAUCUAAUCAAUAUAAGAAAAAGACUGUCAACAAAACUGUCAACAAAACUGUCAACGUUAAUCAACAACCGAGAAGAAGUAGAUGGGGCUUGGGUGGGUUUAGAAGUAUGUGGCGCAUUCCAAUGAUAUUAAUAUGUUGCCGUGGGGUUUCAAGAAACCGUCAUCAACCACCGCAACCACCGCCACCACAACCACCACAACCACCACAACCAGCUCAGCAGAACCAACCUGUCAAUGUCAUCAAUGUUAAUUAUCCUCCUGCUCCUGAGAAUACCAGUACUCCUGCACAACAUCCUCAACUGGUCACUAACAUUCCAGAAGAGAGUUUACCAAAGUCUUCACAAAAUACCAACACAAAACACGAUGAGAAUCAUUCAAAUCCACCAUACCAUAAUGCCGAAGAAGAGAAGAAGGUCGACGCAUAUGAAAAUAACGUGGUUCCACCAGCACACACGCAGAGCCAAUAG